AGCUAAAGGAGCAGUUAUAGGAGUUGUUGGACAAGGGUUUUAUUAGGCCUAGUGUGUCUCCUUGGGGUGCUCCUGUAUUAUUUGUAAAAAAGAAAGAUGGAAGCAUGAGGCUUUGUAUUGAUUAUAGGGAGUUAAAUAAAGUGACCAUUCGAAAUAAAUAUCCUUUGCCUAGGAUUGAUGAUCUGUUUGAUCAGUUGAAGGGGGCACAAUUUUUCUCCAAAAUUGAUUUGAGAUCUGGGUAUCACCAGUUGAAGAUUAAGGGAGAAGAUGUUUCCAAAACUGCUUUUAGAACUCGAUAUGGACAUUAUGAAUUUCUGGUAAUGCCGUUCGGGUUGACUAAUGCACCGGCAGCAUUUAUGGAUAUGAUGAAUAGGGUGUUCAAAUUGUAUCUAGAUAAAUUUGUGGUGGUGUUUAUUGAUGAUAUCUUGGUGUACUCUAGAAACAAAGUUGAGCAUGAGGAACAUUUGCGCUUGGUGCUACAAAUUCUAAGGGAGAAGAAGCUUUAUGCAAAAUUCAAAAAGUGUGAGUUUUGGUUGAAUAGUGUGGCAUUUUUAGGACAUGUGGUGUCUAAGGAUGGAGUCUCUGUGGAUCCAGAUAAAGUGAAGGCAGUGGUGGAGUGGAGCAGGCCGACUAAUGUUACUGAGGUUCGAAGUUUUUUGGGCUUAGCGGGGUAUUACAGGAGAUUUAUAGAAGGUUUUUCUUGCAUAGCAAUACCUUUAACUCAGUUAACUCAAAAAGGAGUGAAAUAUGAGUGGACUGAUGGUUGUGAGCAGAGUUUUCAGGAGUUAAAGAAUCGAUUAGUUUCAGCUCCAAUCUUAACCAUUCCUGAUGAUAGUGGUGGGUUUAUUGUUUAUAGUGAUGCUUCCAAGAAGGGGUUAGGUUGUGUGUUGAUGCAACAUGGUAAGGUUAUUGCUUAUGCCUCUAGACAAUUGAAACCAUAUGAGAAAAACUACCCAACUCAUGAUUUAGAGCUCGCUGCAGUUGUUUUUGCUUUGAAAAUUUGGAGGCACUACCUUUAUGGUGAGCGGUGUGAGAUAUUCACUGAUCAUAAGAGUUUGAAGUAUGUUUUCACACAAAAGGAAUUGAAUAUGAGACAGAGGAGAUGGUUAGAGUUGUUGAAGGAUUAUGAUUUAACUAUCAGUUAUCACCCGGGUAAGGCAAAUGUAGUAGCUGAUGCAUUGAGUAGGAAAGAUCAUGGGAACUUGGCCACUUUAGUCACUUCAAAUAGGCAGAUUCUGAGAGACCUGGAAAUGAUGCAAAUGGAGAUUAGAGGGCCUAGUUAUGGUGUUCAGUUGGCUACCUUGGUUGUUCGACCUACUCUAAUAGAAAGAAUUAAAAUUGUUCAACAAAGUGAUCUAUUCUCACAAAAGGUUAAGCAAAAAGUGGAGUCUGGACAUCCACAAUGGAAGAAGUUUAAAAUUCAUGAAGAUGGCUCUGUGAAGGCAGAGCAUCAGAGGCCAGCAGGUCCUUUGCAAUCACUUCCUAUUCCUGAAUGGAAGUGGGAGCACAUUACCAUGGACUUUGUAUCCGUUUCUGAUAGAGAUACACGAUUUGUGGCACACUUUUGGAAGAGUUUACAUAAGGCACUAGGCACUAGGCUGAAUUUUAGCACUGCUUACCAUCAACAGACAGAUGGACAAUCAGAAAGAACUAUUCAAGUUUUGGAAGACAUGCUGAGAGCUUGUGUUUUGGAUCUGAAAGGUGCUUGGGAUGAACAUUUGCCUUUAGUUGAGUUUGCUUACAAUAAUAGCUAUCAAGCAAGUAUUCAGAUGGCGCCUUAUGAGGCUUUAUAUGGCAGGAAAUGUAGGUCCCCAAUUUGUUGGGAUGAUGUGGGAGAAAGAAGAAUGUUAGGACCGGAACUUGUUCAACAGACUGUAGAGAAGAUACAACUAAUUAGAGAACGUCUUCGUACAGCUCAAAGAGUCAUGAGGUUUGGGAUUCGAGGAAAACUUAGUCCUCGGUUCAUUGGUCCUUUUGAGAUUUUAGAGAGGGUUGGAGAGGUAGCAUACAGAUUAGCACUACCACCUAAUUUGUCAGAAGUUCAUAAUGAUUUUCAUGUCUCCAUGUUAAGGAAAUAUGUUUCAGACCCUAAUCAUGUAAUUGAGCACUCUCCACUUCAACUUAGAGAGGAUUUGUCUUAUGAGGAGCAUCCAAUUCGUAUUGUGGAUAGAAAGGAGCAAGUGUUGAGAAGACGUAUAAUUUCUUAUGUAAAAAUUCAAUGGAGUAAUCACGUCGAACGUGAAGCAACAUGGGAGUUGGAGGAGGAUGCGAGGAAGAAGUACCCAUACCUAUUUGUCGAUACAGGUACGAGUUUAGGGACUAAACUCUUUUAAGGAGGAGAGGAUGUAAUACUAUGGAUUAUUAUUAUCAUUAUUAUUAUUAUUUUGAAAUUUAAAUAAAUUAUUUAAGCCCUU